AUGCCAUUAGCCACUGUAUAUGAGAAGUUGAAGAAACAGGGUCUCUUGCACACAAUCGUUCCUAAACCCAUUAGCAAUCUUCCACCUAUUCGGUGUAGGGAAUAUGAUUAUUGUGCUUACCAUAACCAGAAAUAUCAUCCUACAGAGCGUUGUUUCUAUUUGAGGCAUGUUGUUCAGAUUUUAGUAAACAAUGGUACAAUAGAGAUGAAAGCCAAGCAGACUCCCAAUGUCACCACCAACCUGCUCCCAGAAUAUAGGACAAUCAAUAUGUUGGGAGAGGAAGAAGAAUGUCAAGAGGAUCCCACCAGGCUCAUCCGUCCAAAGAAAAGGAAGACUCUCUUGAACUCUCGAAUUUACAGGGGAAUCAAGGGAAGCAGAGCACGAAGAAUGAUGAGAGAAGUUGAAAGAGCCAUUGAUGAAGAUGGGUUGGGAGUCAUAGGUCAACCAGCACCUAGCCCUCCACCACUAAAAGCUCAUAUAAUCCAAAUCCCCCCAUCAGCUAUUCAUCGUUCCCCUUCACCACCACCAAUGCAGUCCUUGAUGUUCUUCAAUGCCGAAUUACCUAUCCAAGGGGUUAAUCACAACCGGGCCUUGCAUAUAACUGUGGAGUGCCAUGACAAGGUUAUGCCUCAUGUUUUGAUUGAUAGUAGGUCUUCCUUGAAUGUUAUGCCAUUAAGAUCAGCUUCGAGCAUUGGUCUAGAUUUGGGGCAGAUGAGACCAUCAAAUCAAACAUUGCGGGCAUAUGAUAACACUAAGAGGGAAAUCUUGGGAGUCCUCACAGUAACUGUGAUAGUUGGUCCAGCCAGGUUUGAUAUUGACUUCCAAGUGAUAGAUAUCCCGACUUCCUUCAACAUGCUCUUGGGAAGGUCGUGGUUGCAUCAGGCCAAUGCAGUAUCUUCCAGCUUGCAUAAGAAGUUAAAGUUCAUGCACGAAGAAAAGGUGAUAAUCGUGUCAGGAGAUCUAGAGUUGGUCAACACUUUAGCCAAUAUUGAGAAAGUAGGGGAACAUGAAGGAGAAAUUCGCCUUAAUGCGGGGGAGCUGAAGAAAAUAUUCCAGCAAAUUAUGAGUGCAUCUGGAGUCCAUCAGUGGGUCGUAUGA